AUGUCCGGACCUGGUGAUGAGCCACUCGCAGACCUCAUCAUUGAGGCCAUUGACGGUGAGCUAUACGGGCCUCAGCAGCCCAAGGUCAUUCUGUUUGACAUUGGCGGUGUUUGUGUGGUUUCUCCUUUCCAAGCAAUCUUAGACCAUGAAUUGAGUCUCGGCAUUCCUCCGGGAUGGAUCAAUUAUUCGAUCUCCAAGUCAGCGCCCAACGGCUUCUGGCACCGUCUUGAGCGGGGCGAUAUUCUGAUGGAUGCGGCUUUUUUCGAGGGAUUCAGUCGCGAUUUGCACAAUCAGUCAUUGUGGGAAUAUUUCUACCAGCAAGAAAAGGCAAAGAACCCCAAACUCGAAGACGUCACUCCUCCGCUGCCUAAGCUUGACGCCGAGUGGCUCUUUAACGAAAUGAUGACUUCAUCAAUGAAACAAGAUCCAUGGAUGUUUCCCGCCUUGCAAGCACUCAAGGCGAAGAAUAAGUACAUUAUCGCCGCUCUCAGUAACACCGUCAUCUUCCCGCCCGGUCACAAGCUUCACCAAGCCGACUUCUUCUCCGGCCCACUGAGAGGACUAUUCGACGUCUUCAUCUCUUCCGCACAUGUUGGCCAUCGCAAGCCAGAACCCGCCAUUUACAAGCUUGCCACGAAAAAGCUCGAUGAAUUUGCCCGAGACAACGCCAAUUUGCCCAGGAAUCGCAACCUAGGAUGGGAAUCGGGCAUUCAGGCGGCCGAUAUUCUCUUUCUAGAUGACAUUGGAGAGAAUCUCAAGGCUGCCAAAAAGGCAGGUUUUCGAACUAUCAAAGUAAAUCUUGGCAGGGCCUAUGAAGCUGUGGAUGAAUUGGAAAAGAUAACCGGCAUGGAAUUGGAGGGAGACCACCCCAAGAUUCCGGUCAAGCCAAGGUUCACGCGCGCAAAAGCGUCAAAGAUAUAG